CUGGCGCAUUGGAGACCGCUGCUCAGACCGCAGCCACCAGCGAGGAGACGACAAGCAUGAGCGACCUCGGUCCGGAUCUAUACGAAUCGGCUUCGCGCGGAAACGCGGCACGCGUGACCUCCCUCAUACAACAAGGUGCCAACGUCGAUUGGAAAUAUCAGGACGGAACGACACCCCUCUACGUUGCGACGCUGUGGUACCAAGAAGAAGUUGUCAGACUUCUUCUACAAGCCGGUGCCGACCCCCACGUUAUUUGCAACAACGAGACAGCGUACACGGUAGCGUUGAGCAACAAGUACUAUAGCACAGCCGAAAUUCUCAAAUCGGCCAUGGGUCGUUUCCCUCGGGCCAGUGGCGCUGCUCAGACCGCAGCCACCAGCGAGGAGACGACAAGCAUGAGCGACCUCGGUCCGGAUCUAUACGAAUCGGCUUCGCGCGGAAACGCGGCACGCGUGACCUCCCUCAUACAACAAGGUGCCAACGUCGAUUGGAAAGACGAGGACGGAACGACACCCCUCUACAUUGCGGCGAGGCGGGGCCGAGAAGCCGUUGUCAGACUUCUUCUACAAGCCGGUGCUGACCCCCACGAGGGUCUCGGCGUCUGCCUGUGCAAUGCAACGUGGCACGGCGAUGUGGAUCAUGUGCGACAGCUACUCGGCCAGGGCGCCAAUGUCGACUGGUGCGACUCGGACGGGUUCACGCCGCUUUUCGCCGCCGCUGUCAACGGCCACGACAAAGUCGUGGGUCUCCUACUAGAUGCCCACGCAAAUGUCGACCACCCCUCCAAGACUGGCAUUACACCGCUCAUUGUUGCGGCGCACGAGGGUCACAUCAUAGUCGUGCGGCGCCUCCUCAGAGCCGGUGCCAAAGUCAACUGCAGAGACAGUAACGGCAAUACAGCGCUGCACGAAGCGUCGCGGAAUGGCCAUGCUGACGCCGUCCAGCUGCUCCUGGGUGCAGGCGCCAAAGUCAACUGGUUAAACAAUGACUGCAAAUCGACGCUGCGCGGAGCGUCGCGGAAGGGACAGGCUGACGCCGCGAAGUUGCGCCCAGACGCCGAGUCGCCUCUGCAAAAGGCAGUCCGCAGCGACCAAGUCGGGCAGGUCGAGAGGCUUCUGCGUACCACCAACAUGGCCGUGGACAAGCGACUGCGGGGAGUCGUCUUUGCGAGCCCUUGGGACGGCGUCUCGCUCGUGGCGCACCCGGCGUUACAGCAAGAGCUCACGUCCAAGCUCCAAUGCGUGUCUUCCCGAGCCUCACCGUUCGCGGGCAUCAACCUGCUUCGCACCUUGCAGCUCUCGAAGCCGAUCCCCGAGCUCGACUUGCUGUACGCGCUCGAGCUGCUUCACUUGCCCGGCGAUGACGCAGCCGCCGUGACGAGCCACAUUGAGAGCUACUUCCGCCAUUUGGUGCUCACGAGCAGCACCGCCCACCCGAUUCUGCUGCUCGUGCUGGGUCGCUGGCUCAUGGAUCUCGCGUUUGUAAAGGCGUUUGCGACCAAGUACCCGGACGCUACGGACGCAUGGCUGCUCCCUGCCGAGAAACAGCACCUUGCGCCGGCGCCAGCCGAGUCGCCAUCGCCGCACACGAACACGUGCACUCGACAGCUCUGGGCGACGUUACCCGGAAAGCCACCAGCGGCGGCGCCGGCCAUGGACGCCCUUCUUGACCUCGUGGGAAUCUCAAAAGUCAAGCAAUUCGCCAUUGGGCUCUUUCAAACCUCGGCGGCGCUCGCGCAAAUGACGCCCGAGAUGCGGCAGAAGAACCCAAUUUCUUUAAACUACUGCUUUGUGGGCAACGCGGGCACGGGCAAGACCACGGUGGCGCGCCACUUUGCGACGCUGCUCCACGCCUCAAAGCUGCGCUCGAAGGACGUCUUUGUCGAGACGGACGCGCGGCAGCUCAAGGACGCCGGUGCACCGGCAUUCGACAAGCUCGUGCAGAGUGCUUUGGACGGCGUCUUGUUCAUUGACGAGGCGUACGAUCUUGAUCCAGGAGGCGACCUCCGCGGCAAGCCGAUCGUGGCCGCCCUCCUCACCGCGGCCGAAAACCUCCGGGACCGCAUCACGAUCAUCCUCGCGGGCUACGAGACGGACUUGCAGACCAAGCUGUUUGACUUCAACGCUGGCCUCAAAAGUCGAUUUCAGUUUGUGACAUUUGAGGACUUUGAUGUGACGGAGCUGGCCGAGGUCUGCCGCCUGCAAGUCGCCGCCCGCGGUUGGACCGCUCCGAAAGAGCUUGCAACGCUCGUCGCCAAGAAGCUCAUUGUCGGCGCCAACACCAAGGGCUUUGGUAACGCGCGGUCGGUGCGGCAGGAGGUCGAGGCCGCCACGCAGCGGGCCAUGGCGCGACCCACCUUUCGCGGCCAGUCGCUGGCGCUGUGUCUGGAAGACGUCAUGGCCGAGCACGUCUCGGGGAACCCCAAGCUGCAGCGCUACAUGGCCGAGCUCGAGGCCAAGAUUGGCUGGGCCGCCGUCAAGAAGAGCGUCAAGGAGCUGCUCGCGCUCUGCACCAAGAACCAGGAACGCACGCUCGCGGGCAAGGCGCCGCUGCCCGUGCGCCUCCACCGCCUCUUUCUCGGCAACCCCGGCACGGGCAAAACGACGUGCGCAGCGCUCUACGGCCGCAUCCUCAAGGAGCUGCGCCUUCUCUCGAGCGGCGACGUUGUGCUCAAGACGGCGAGUGACCUCAUGGGUGACCACGUCGGCGACGCGCAAAAGCGGACGCUCGCUACGCUCGAGCAAGCCAAAGGCAAGGUGCUCGUCAUCGACGAGGCCUACGUGCUCAACGAAGGGAUUUACGGCAAGGAAGUCCUCAACGUCCUCGUUGAGAAGGUGCAGAGCACGGGCCGUGAAGACAUUGCCGUGCUACUUCUUGGGUACGAGGCACAAAUGCUGACCAUGCUCCGGGAGCAAAACCCGGGGUUGGCCCGCCGAUUCCCGCGCGAAGCCGCCUUUGUCUUUGAAGACUACUCGGCCAUGGAGCUGCUGAAGCUCCUCGAGUACACGUGCAAACAAGAAGAAGUCACUUGUUCGUCCAUGGCGAUGGAGGUCGCGCUCAACGUGCUGGAGAAGCAGAAGACGUUGGCCAACUUUGGCAACGCCGGUGCCGUCAAUACGCUCGUGCACCGCGCCAUGGCCAAGGCGUCGCUGCGCCCUGGCACCUGCAUCGUCCUCCAACCCGACGAUUUCAGCGACGCAAAGGUGGUCUCUGCCGACCCGUUUGCAGCCCUCGACGGUCUCUUUGGCAUGGCAACCAUCAAGAAGGCGCUAUUGAGUUUGCGCAACGCGAUGCUCGUGGCGCGCGCUGACGGCGAUGCGCUGCCAGCGCUUGGACACUUUGUCUUUCGAGGGUCCCCCGGCACGGGCAAGACCACGGUCGCGCGGGCUCUGGCAACCAUCUUGUUCCAGCUGGACUUGCUCACCGUGGAGAGUGUCGUGGAGACGACGGGGCUUGAACUCAUGGGUAACUUUGUGGGCCAGACCAAGACGGUCGUCCUGGAGAAGCUCUCGGCGGCCAACGGCGGCCUCCUCUUCAUCGACGAAGCGUACACGCUCGCCGAGGGCCCGUACGGCCGGGACGCCGUCGCGACACUUGUCGCGGCCAUGACUGAUCCAACGUACAAGAGCCUUGUGAUUGUCGUCGCCGGGUAUCCGCGCGAGAUGGACGCCAUGCUCACCACAAACGGAGGGCUCAAAAGCCGCUUCACUCGCUUCUUUGACUUUCCCGACUGGUCGCCGGAAGACUGCGUCGCCUUUGUCAAGACGACGAUGGCCAAAAGCAACUUUGUGGCCGACGAGACCGUCCACGAGGCGCUUGCCACGUACUUUGGCGUGUUGCGGACGCUCCCAGGCUGGGGCAACGGCCGCGACGUCCAGAGCGUCUGGAAGGCCGUCCUCGGAGCCCGCGCCGACCGCAUCGCUGGGCUCCCGGCGCAGCUGCCAAAGGCAAUCCUCGAAGCCGACGUGGAGACUGCGUGCGAUGAGAUCGUGCGCGCCCGCGCCACUAUCGUCUCGCCGCUGGCUGCAAAGGUGGCUUCCAUGUUUGCUGACACGGUGGCAACGGCUGUGGCCUCUGCUGUGGCAUCGCGCGCCCCCGAGCGCACGAAGGAAGCCAUGCACAACAACGAGGCCAGUCGCACUUGUGAGAAGGCGACGAUGAAGACAUGUCAGCGCGAUGCAGGCGUCUCCGACGCGGACUGGGCCGAGCUCGAGGCGGCCAAACAAGCCCACGAAGCCCACCUGGCAGAGUGGCAUCGCGAGCUCGACGCCCAAGCGCUGGCCAAGAAGCUCAAGGAAGAAGCGGAAGUGCAAGAGCGCAUUCGCAGCCUCUGCAAGUGCCCGAUGGGAUUCGAGUGGUUCCAGCUCUCGGGGGGCUGGCGCUGCGAGGGUGGCAGUCACUUUGUUACGGACGCAGAGCUCAACGCCAAGUUCACCGCAAGUCAUACGUUGAUGAAGUCCACGGCAAGUCGUACUUUGGUCUAGUCAGAGCUCAGGCUACAGUCGAGCGUAGUUUGCAUAUCAUUCCACCUCUUACGUAUAUCAAGGCGAUGCAUUUCAAG